AUGGAUAAAAAGCCCGAGUUUCGUAACGCUUUUCCUGCGCAGAGUAGGCGAUGCCGCUUGACCUUGAUGAUCAAGAUGUUGCUGGGUUUGGUAGGCGCAGGAAUUGCGCUGCUGUUGUUGAAUGUGAGCAUGCUCAACAAGAACAGCAUCGUGCCGGUGGAGUAUCUGAAUGCCAAGAUGGACGAGGGGGCUGACUUUUAUCCGGAUGAAAUCCUCGAUUCCGAAUUGGGAGACGACGUUGGAUCAGCUGUUGAUUUGCUGCACCUCAGCUUUUUGCAAGAAGCGUGCCUGAACAUCAAAGGAGAGUGUCGUGACGUGGAAAUACGGACUAGACGACGUGCUGUCAAACGCGAGUCGUGGCAUUAUAAACAAGGACGAUGA